AUGGUGGAAGAAGAAUGGUAUGAAACUACUAGAAUGGUUGCGAAACAUACCGAAAAAGAAAAUAUAGAAAAAGUUUAUUCGCACACAAAUCCUUUUAUAAGAAAUUUUAUCAGACGAUCUAUUAAAGGAGGAAGAGUUUCGGCAAAUAGAAAAUCAUUUGAAACGAACAAAAUGGAUGAAAUUUGUAACGUAUUAAAGGAAUAUACAGAACUUGAAAGUAAUAACAUAAUUGAUUUAUUCAAAGAAUACAGCGCAAGCACAAAAGACAAAACGGAGGUUCAUUCGAGACUUAAAAAAAUAGAAUGUACUAAGCUAAUGGCAUUUGAUGCUAACGGUUUAUACGCUUCCGCCAUGUCGGAUUUAGACAGUGAAUAUCCGAGAGCGGAAAGUGGAAGACCGUUUCUACCAGAAGAAAAAAAAGAAUUUGUAAAACUCUUCAAUAAACAAAAAUUCAGACCUAGAACAGCUAUUUUAACAGUGUGGUUUGACUAUCCCAAAAACCUGUUCUUCCAACCGAUACCAGCUAAAGAUAAAAUCACUUUCACGAAUAAAGAAGGUAAAAAGCAAACUGGUAACAAAAUCAGGUUCAGAAAUGGUUUCUGUCACGACGUUUUAACAUCGGUCGAUAUUCAAGAAAUAGUGAAAGCCGGUAGACGAAUUAUUAGAAUAUUAGAUGGUAUAGUUUACGAAGAAAAUUUUAAAACUCCACCCUAUAGAGGUUAUAUUUUAAUUUUGAGAGAUUUAAGAAAUAAAUAUAAACGAGAAGGUAAUAUCGUGGGUAGUAAUUGCAUGAAAUUAUUAGGUAAUUCCUUGUAUGGUAAAUCAAUUCAGAAAGACAUAUUCACAACUAGACAUUUAUGGAAUGAAGCAACUUUACAGGCCAACUUUGAUUCACGCGUUAAAACCUAUGAGAAAAUUAAUGAUACUCAAUAUAUUGUAGAAACAGAAAUUGAAGAAAAAGAGAUUACUACCGAAGAUAGUAAAUCUACACGACUAACACCUAGUCAUUUGGGAUCAUUCGUUUUAUCUCACAGUAAAAAAAUAAUGAACAAUUUCAUUCACGUCAUAAAUGGAUUUUGUAAACCCGAAAUAUACUAUACCGACACCGAUAGUUUGUACAUUUCAUCCAAAAAUUGGAAAAAACUAAACAGAGCUGGUUUGGUCUCCGAAAAAGACUAUUGCAAAGCACCAAAAGUCAAAUACAACAUCGUUUUGACUUCUGAUGGUGUUUUAAAAGAAAAGAAAACGUUUAAAGGUUAUUCUAAUGAUAAGAUAAGUGUAGAAGAUUACGUUCAGUUAGCAAGCGGACAUGAUGUGUCGAACGAAUUUAAUAAACCAUGGGAAAAAAGUUUCACCAAUGGAGUAGUUAUUCCAAAUGAUAAACAAACUAAAGUUUUUAAUAUUUGA